AUGGAGCCCGAAUCUAGAAGGCAUGACAGCGAUGUUCAAAUUGCUGAAUCAUCGCCUGUCACCGAUCAUAAAGUGGUAUCUUCUUCGCCUUUGAAGACUGAUGCCGAUACAGCAGCGCUGCUGCGCGACAGAUUUGUUUACAGACCAGGUGAGACAGACCAAAAUGGAUCUAGAGAACCCAAGGCGGAAAAUGCAGGAUUCGGCACUAAAGUCGACAACGAGCUAUCUCAACUGAUGCAAGACUUCCCGGAUUUUUCAGAAACACUCAUCAAGGCCGUCUUUAAAUCCAAUUCCUUUGACAUUAGCUUGGCUAGGGAACGUCUUGCCAAAAUUCACGCGCAGAAAAACUCCAGAUCCUGGGCUUGGAACCCGGGUGAAAGGAAGCCUACAAAUCGGCUUGUCUCCCUGGGAGCUACUAACAAUGGCAGCAACGGCCAAAUCAACAAUUUUGGUAAUGCUGGCUCGCAGAUUAUCUCAUCGCCCGAAAAGUCUUCUAAAAUUACUUUGGAGAAGCAAAAGACCUCGAUUUUCGACAGAUAUUCUCAUGUGAUGAACCAGCGUGCAAGGCCGAUGAUGGAAUCGGUUGUUAUCGACCCAUCGACAAUUUCGCAGCAGGCCCCGCGCAAGAGAAGAAGAUUAGUUCGCGCGGAGGAUACUGUCAAAACGGCUGGCAAGAAAUCCUCCGUUUCUCUUUCAGACGAGGAGGAAGAAGAAGUGAGUGGUGAGGAAGACGUGAGCGGCGACGAGUAUCAUGAACGCACUCCCGAAGUCAACAUAGAUGAGGAGAUUCUGAAAUUCAUUAACGAAGCAGAUGUGAAAGACAUCGCGGAUAUCGCUGACACAACGCUAGACAAGGCAAACGUAUUAAUUUCGUGUAGACCCUUCGCUGACCUUCACAGCUUCGGCCAGAUGGACUUUCCGACCUCGGAAGAGCUCGACAAACAGAGAGAAAAGAAAAAGGCAACGAGAAGAGGUCAACAAAAAAAAGAUGGUGAAAAGCUCUUGGACAAGAUGGUUCAAACCACCAGAGGUUACUAUGCAAUUGAUUCCGUCAUCAAAAGGUGCUCUUCUUACGGAAAGCUUAUCGCAAAUCAAAUGCAAAAAUGGGGCAUUGAUAUGGAAGAUAUUCAGAACGGAGAAUUAAACUUUAUAGAUGUCGAUGUCGAAGAUGGCUACGACGAUGAUGCACCCGAUGCUGAUGAGCAAAAAAAAAGUGCGAAUGGUAGCGAAGAGGUUACAACCUCCAAAAAAUUCACCGCUGACCAAGACAGUGAAGAUGAGGAAGACGAAGAGGAACUGUAUCAAGAAAGCGAGGAUGAAGACUACGGCGCCAGGAGGAAGUUGCGCUAUACUUCUGGGCUGCGUCGUGGAAGACCAAAACAGAAGUCGGUCAAAUUUUUCAAGAGAAAGCCUGAACUUUUAUCCUCUGAAAUGACUCUCAAGGAUUACCAGCAGACCGGAAUCAACUGGCUCAAUUUAUUAUAUCAAAAUCACAUGUCAUGUAUUUUGGCGGAUGAGAUGGGCCUCGGAAAAACAUGUCAAGUCAUUGCAUUUCUAGCCUAUUUGAAGCAAAUUAAAGAGCCCGGACCUCAUCUUGUGGUUGUUCCCUCGUCGACACUUGAAAAUUGGCUUCGUGAAUUUAAUAAAUUUUGUCCCGAAAUGAAGAUCGAACCAUAUUACGGUUCUCAACAGGAGCGUGCCGAGUUGAGAGAUAUCUUAGAGGAUAACGACGGUCACUACGACGUCAUUGUUACCACGUAUAAUCUUGCAUCCGGCAACAAAUACGAUGUGUCCUUUUUGAAGAAUCGCGGAUUUAACGUUGUAGUCUACGAUGAAGGUCAUAUGUUAAAGAAUUCAAUGACGGAAAGGUUUGCUAAGCUCAUGAAAAUCGAGGCCAACUUCAGACUGCUACUAACGGGAACACCCCUACAAAACAAUUUGAAAGAAUUAAUGUCGCUAUUGGAGUUUAUUAUGCCUUCCCUCUUUGUCUCCAAGAAAGACGACCUGUCUGCCGUGUUUAGGCAAAGAGCGCGAACUUCAGAUUCCAAUAAAGAUUAUAAUCCACUUUUAGCGCAAGAGGCUAUAGGAAGAGCCAAGACCAUGAUGAAGCCUUUCAUUUUGAGGAGACGAAAAGAUCAGGUAUUGAAACACUUGCCCCCUAAGCACUCUAGGGUACAGUACUGUGACAUGACAAAAUCCCAACGAGAAAUCUACGAUAAAGAGAUAAAACAGGUUAUGGAGCACAAACAGUCACUCGCUCAGGAAGCAGAAGAAGAUGCUACUGGUAAAGACGCCAAGAAGACUCAUAGCCGCAGAGCUAAAAACUUGAUAAUGGCUUUGAGAAAGGCCUCUCUUCAUCCAUUGUUGUUUAGGAAUCUCUACAAAGAGGAUAUUUUGAAGGCGAUGAGUUACGCCAUUCUCAAAGAACCAGAGUACUCACAAAACGGAAAUCAAGAGUAUAUUAUGGAGGAUAUGAGCUACAUGAAUGAUUUCGAGCUCCACAAGCUGUGUUUGAAGUUCCCUAAGACGCUCUCCAAAUUUCAGCUGCAGCAUGACGAAUGGAUGGAAUCCGGGAAAAUCACAGUCCUGUCACAACUCUUGAAAGAUAUCACGGAAAAGAAGAAAGAGAAAGUGCUGGUCUUUUCUCUUUUCACGCAGGUCUUGGACAUUUUGGAAUUGGUGCUCACAACGCUCAACAUCAAUUUCUUGAGGCUAGAUGGCUCGACGCAGGUCAAUGAUCGACAGGCUUUGAUUGAUAAGUUUUAUGAAGAUGAGGAUGUCCCUGUCUUCAUUUUGUCCACCAAGGCGGGUGGGUUUGGAAUUAACCUAGUGUGUGCCAAUAACGUCAUAAUUUUCGACCAGAGUUUCAACCCGCAUGAUGAUAAACAGGCUGCAGACAGAGCACACCGUGUAGGACAGACGAAACCUGUCAGUAUCACAACCAUCAUUACUCGCAACUCCAUCGAAGAGAAAAUUAAUCAACUAGCGAAGAACAAACUUGCAUUGGACACAUACAUUAGCGGGGACGAAAAGAGUGAGGAGGCUCUAGAAACCAAAGUCAGCGACAUUCUCGAGAAUAUCAUCUAUGAUGAAAAUAAAUAA